AUGAAUAUUGAACAGUGUACAUUGACAACUAACAUUUCAAAUAAUAAUAAUAAUGAUGAUGAUGAUAAUAUUAAUAAUAUGAAAGAAUCAAAUUCAAUGAAUUGUAAUUUUGUUAAAAACAUUCAUUCAACUGCUGAUAUUGAUCUUAAUCCAGUGAAUUAUUCAACAACUUAUCAAACAGACCCGUUGAAUUUCCUUCAUUUAAAUGAUACUAUCACAUGGUAUCCAAAUUUAUCAUCUUCAUGUAUGUCGAAUACAACUGCAAUGAUGAAUGGAAUGACACAUCAAUCAUCUUCACCAAUAUGGUAUUAUACUACUACUAAUAGUAACAAUAAUAGUAAUACUACUAGUACAACCACAACCUCAACAACUACAACAACCACAACAACCAAUGAAUUAUGGUCAAAUUUUACUGAAUAUCAUGAAAUAAUCGAUAAGAUGAAUGCAACAUCCGAUGAUCAAUGUGUUCAACAUGCUCAGCAUCAACAUCAACAUGUUCAAUUGGAAAAUAAUCCGCCUCAACAGAAAUCGAUUGAUUUUAUGCAAUCUUAUGAUAAUCCUUCACUCAAUCUAAUUGAAACAACAUUAUCUCCAUUAACUUUAACAACAAACACAUCGAAAUUAACAAUGACUACAGUGGAGAAUAAUGAUUUAUCGCAAACUAAUCGUUAUUUUACAGAUGCUUUACAUUUAAACAAUCAAAUUACAUCACCAGAUGAAACAUUUCGUCAAUGUUUGAAUGCAAUUACAACAACAGCAACUACAACAAGUCAUAAUAAUAAACUGUAUGAAAAUCAUGAGUUGUCAAUUUGUUUACCAGAAAAUUUAACAUUUUUAUCAACAAGUCCAACAAAAUAUUUAACUCAUAGUCAAUUACCACUGGAAUAUUUAGAUUCAGAAAUGCAUCAGUUAUCGCAUCAUCCUCAACAUCAACAUCAACAUCCGCCUCCUCAUCAAGAGCAACAUUAUUGUACACCUUUCACAUCAGACUAUACACAGUUAACUUAUAACCUAUUUCAUCCAAAUGAUGAACAAUUACAACAAACCAAUCGAAAUUUAUCAAUGCUAAAUCAAAAUGAAGUAAAUUUUAAACAAACAUCAAAAGGAUCCAAUGUUCCAUUGGCUGGCUCAACUAUGAUUUAUCCACAGCAACACCACCAACAACACCAACAACAACAACAACCGCCAAAUACUCAUUCAAAUUAUUUACAACAUCAUUCACCAAAUUCAUCAUCAAAACAAUCAUGUCAUCCAAAACCACCAUAUUCCUAUAUAAGUUUAAUUACAAUGGCUAUACAAAAUUCUACAAGUCGUAUGUGUACAUUGUCAGAAAUUUAUCAAUUCAUUAUUGACUUAUUUCCAUAUUAUCGACAACAUCAACAACGUUGGCAAAAUUCCAUACGACAUUCAUUAUCAUUUAAUGAUUGUUUUGUCAAAGUAUCACGUAGUCCAGAUAAACCAGGUAAAGGUUCCUAUUGGACAUUGCAUCCAGAUUCAGGGAAUAUGUUUGAAAAUGGUUGUUAUUUAAGACGUCAAAAACGUUUUAAAGAUCCUAAACGUGAAAUAAGUCAUCGUAGUCAACGACAUACUACUAAUAAUAAUAAUAACAGUAGUAAUAAUAAUCAUAAUAAUCAUAACAAUAAUAGUGUUCAUACAUCUUCAACAACAUCAACUAGUAAUAGAAGUACACUAGAUAUGAAUUCAACUAGUGAAAAUACUAUUUUAACAUCUACAAAUGAUUUAUUAAUAUUACCAACUGGUAUAAAACGUACAUAUUCAAAAACUACAGAGUGUAAUCCAUUUAUCAAUUUAGAACGUAAUGAUCAUAUUCUGUAUAAUAGAAUGAAACCAUUUUCUAUUGGCGGGGAGAUGUAUAAUGGAUUUAAUAAUGAAGAUGUUGGUAAUGAUGAUGAUGAAGAUGGUGACGAGGAAGUUGAUGAUAACGAUGACGGGGAUGUCGAUGGUGAAGAUGACGAUGACGUUGAUGAUGAUGAUGAUGUCGGUGUUGAUUUGGAGGAUGAAGAAAUCAAUGAAGACGGAGAAGACAAUGAUGAUGACAGGGUAGAACACCAUCAGCAACAACAAAACGAUCUCAGUCUGAUGACUAAUAACAAUGAACAGAAUUUUAUGGAAUCCAAUUUAAAUCAUAACAUACAACCAGAGAAUACAAUGAUGGACCAAUACAAUACUCAAAACCAUCAUCGUCAUCAUCCUAAUCAUCAAUCAAUCUCUUCAAAAUCUAGACAAUAUUCAAAACAUACUGAUACAAUUGACUGCAUUACUGAAAAAUCAAUUCCUAAUAAAUUUAAAUCAUCUCAAUUAUUUCUACUAAGUCCUUAUGAUAGUCGUGAUUCAACAACUAAAUAUAUUACCGACAUUAUUUAUCCAGAAAGCAAUUAUGAAUCAUUGAAGAAUAAUAAUAACAAUAAUAAUAAUUUUGAUCAUCACCGAUUUGAUCAAGGACAUUCAAUGCAACCAUUUGAUCAGAAUUAUUCAAAUAAAUUGAAUUUUGAUGAACAUCAACAACAUCAACAACAACAAUUAUCCAUUGUUGAUAAAAUGAUUUCUUCUUCAAUGAAAUUAACUACUGAUAUUAGUCAAAUCAGUAGUACCAAUAACAGUAAUAGUAAUCAUCAUCAUCAUCAUCAAUCAUUAACUGAAUAUUUCACAAAUGAAGCCCAUAAUACACAAAAUGAUCAGUCAUUUUUAUUAAAUUCAUUCAGUUUAUCAUCACAACAACCUUUGCCAGUAGUGACAUGUCAAUAUAAUUCACAACUAACAAAUAUCCCGUCGGAAUUGCAAUAUCAUCAGAAGAAUAAUGGCGAUUGUAGUCUGACAACAAUAAACCAAUAUGAACCAAUGAAUAAUUCAAUGAAAUAUACAAAUAUUAAACAAAUAUUGAAUAAUAAUAACAACUCUGAUACUUCUACUACUGAUACUACUGAUACUACUACUAAUACUACUAACAAAACAUCCAACACUAAUGAUCAUCAUUAUAAUAAUACCAUGAUUUUGAAUAAUUUGAAUUUAACACCAACUAUAGAAAAAUAUUAUACCACGAUGGAACGAAAUUCUCAACAAACUGAUAAACAAUUUGAAUUAGAACAAUGCCAUUUUGAUGAAUAUUCUAAUAUACAACAAUUUAUGUUAACUAGAUUAAUGACAACAGCCACAUCGACACCACCAAGAACAUCAACCACCAUGCCAAUAUCACCAUAUUUAAAUCAAAACUAUGAACAAAUGUCAUCAUUGAUUGAUGAAAAUGUAUAUAUGCCAUGCAAUGAAACAUUAUUUAUCAAUUCAAUGAAUGUACAUAGCGUAUCUGAGACAAUGUCCACUUCACAGAUAAUAGUACCAACAUCGUUGUCGUCAUCGACGUUGUCUGCAGUUUCAUCUGUCGGUGUAUCUGCCUCCUUGAUAAGUUGCUUGUCAUCAUCAACAUCAACAUCACCAGUGUUAUGUACAAUGAAUACUCCAGUUGGUAUUGUUUCAUCGAAUUCGUUUCCUUCUACAACAUUGACAUUUACAAAUUCUUCAUAUGCGAUACCUGAAUCUUUUUCAAAUUUCCAUACAGGUAUAUUAGAAUCAAAUACAUGGAAUACAAAUUAUUUACCUUUAACAGAAUCAAAAGAUAAUUUAUUAGGUUGUGUUAAAGAUAGCAAUAAAGAAAUUGAUCAUUUAACUAUUAUUCAAUGUUCCAAUAGCGGUAAAUUAACAAAUCAACAUGCUAAACAAUGUAGCAUUAAUGAUGAUGAUGACGGAGAUAAUGAAGAAGAUGAAGUAGAUGGUGACAGUGAUGAGAAUGAUGAUGAAUGCAAUGUAGAUAAUAUUGUGAAUAGUAAUGAUGAAGUGAUAAAUCGUUCAGAAAAUUUAAACAACAAACCAUUUUCUAUUGAUCAUUUAAUGCAUUUUCAAAAUCCUGACUUAGAUAUAACAAAUACAACAAAUACAUUAUUACAAUAUGCUACAAAAACCGAUAUUCCAGUGUUUGAUAAAUUAAGAGCGUCAACAUUUCUUAAUGAGAAUAAAUCAACAAUAUCUAUUAAUGGUAGAUGA